AUGCCGAUUCUGUCUGUCUAUAUGUGCUCCCUUAGAAUCAGAUGGUCAUACUUCUUUUUGUGUGCGCUCUUCACCGCCCUGGCCCUCUUUGCCGGGACGAUCACAGAGCUGUUUUUUGCAGUGUUUGCUGCUGGAGCAGACAUCAGUGUCUGCCAGCAGGUGUGGCUAAGCUUUUGGCUGCUGCCCUUUGGAGCGAUGUUCCUCGCACUGGUCGGGGACGAGAUGGGGGACCUGGUCAUCGACGCCAUCGACCGGCCUCCACUCCUCUGGUGCCUCUCCCUGGUCCUGGCGGCGGUCCAAAGAGACCGGCGCCUCGCUCCGGCGCGGUCCACCUGCGAGGCGGUGGACAUGCUCAUCAUCGGCCUUUCCGAGGUUGUGCCGCUGUGCUUCGGCUUCCGUUCCCUCGUGCAGCGCCGAGGUUUCUGGCACGGCUACAUGCAAGGUGGGCUCAUCGCAGCUUUUUUGCUGACACUCGUCGUCCUUUUGGCCGACGUUACCAUCGGCAUCUACGGCUCGCGGGCACAGCAAGCACUGCGGCAUGUUUAUCACGUGCUGGACAAGCACAAAAUCUGUCCGGGAACAAUUGCAGUCCGAUAUGAGCUCCUGCGCUCCCACUUCGAGCAGGCCUCCCUGCAGCAGAACCGCGAGCAAGGCUGCAAGCGCUUUGCCACUUUGCUCGUCUUUGCCUGGCGGCGUGCAAGCCGCUUCAUGCUGGAGAGUUGGUCGCUCUGCGCGUUCACACAGCAGAACGCAUUGAUGCCGGUGACGCUGGUGGCAUGGACUGCAGUGUCAGCCCUGGCCGUGCAGGAUCGAUUUCAGUUCCCAGUUGCCGUCAGCGCGAUCAUGAUGGUUUUCACCGUCACUGUGCUUUCGGUGAAGAUGGCCAUGGCAUUUCCCGAUGUGGCAGGUCCUUUCUACACGGUGAUCCUCAUCUUCUUCGUUUGUGCAGCACUGGGCCUGCAGGUUGGAGGCUCCUUCGCACUCGGUCCGAAGACGGUGCAGCCGCUGAUGCGCAUGCCAGGCAUUUUCACCGGCCCGACGGACCUUCCACACGCUUGGCGUGGGAAUCGAUCAGAGCCCCCGUAUGCGGCAUGCCGCAUUACCUGGGGGUCUCAAGAAGCUCCCGUCUCCGUGCUGGAUUUGGCAUCCCUGGCAUUGAUUGCGUAUGAGGUCGAUUGCAAUGCAGUGCCCCGGUUGCUGGAGGAAAGCUUCGGCAGCGGGAUGCACGCGCCGAGGUUAGAGUCCUGCCGCAGCUACGACGAGCUGCCACGUUGGAUUUCCGUGCGCUUCCCUGCGCGCCGUCCGGGUGGAGGUGACACGCGAGUCUUUGCCAUUAAGGGCACGUCUUCCUGGAGAGAUGUCUAUGCUGAUAUCAAGCUCUUCGCGACGAUUGAGGUGCUCCAAGCGCUCUCAAAGAUUGUGCCAAUCCUGUCUCUGCUCCCCGUGCCAUUGGUGCAAAGCAUCGUUGGGCACACCGGCCUGGCAGAUACUUACAUGUGGGACGGUCUCGAGCGUGCCAUUGACAAGGACCACAGGAAAAGUGAUGUCUCAGUGCUAACAGGACACUCCUUGGGCGGCUGCAUUGCUCAGAUUGUGGCGGGAAGGCGGCAACUGUCGGCCCUUGUGUUCUCUUCACCAGGUUUGUUGUACUCGGCCCGGCGCUUCGACGUCUCGCCGGAGAGCAUUCGUCAUGUGGUGGCGGUGGUUCCCGACGGCGAUGUAAUCUCCAGCGUCGACGAACAUGCAGGUGUCGUGCAACGCAUUGCAUGCCGGACUCUCACCGGCCAGGCUGGCUCCACUGCCGCUUGCCACGGGCUGCGAAAGACUGCCUGCGAGGUUUGGCGCGCCUGCGGGGACGUUCGUGGACGCGACUUCUCCGACACUUGUGUGGCCUACGUCUUGCCGGACAUGCUGGGGCACACCCUUCCUGAAGAGCCGUGGGGUCAGUCGCCGUCUCGGGACGGCUGGGCUGACCCUGCCGGCUUGACGACUUGA